AUGGCUGCAGCGCUGAUACAAAGGUGGGCUAUCAUAUUGUCUGCUUAUGACUAUCACAUAAUCUACCGCCGAUCUGAAGAACAAGGUAAUGCUGAUGGAUUGUCUCGUGUUCCACUACCAGAAACUACUGAUGCAGGAACAGAAACAAUGACAGCAUAUCUACAUGCAUUGAUUUGUGAGCAUCUGGAGGAUGUACCACUGAGUGCAAAACAGAUUUCCAAGAUGACACGUAAAGAUACAGAACUAUCAAAGUUUCACAGAUACAUCAUGGAAGGAUGGCCAAAAGAAGUAUCAGAAGGAAUGAAAGUAUACUUCAAGAAAAAAGAAGAACUAUCUGUUGAGCAAGGUUGUGUUCUUUGUGGUACAAGAGUGGUGGUGCCUACAAAAUUGAGAACAGCAGUGCUUAAAGAGAUCCAUGAUGGACAUCCUGGCAUUGUGAAAAUGAAAACCAUUGCUAGAAAGUAUGUGUGGUGGCCAAAUGUGGACGUGGAUGUUGAAAGGACUUGUAAGCAUUGUGACAAGUGCCAGUUGGAACAGCGUAUGCCAAGACUGGUUCCUUUACACCCAUGGGAAUUUCCAGGAGAGGUUUGGAAAAGGAUUCACAUUGACUUUGCUGGUCCGUUCAUGGGUCACAUGUUCAUGAUUGUUGUAGAUGCGUUCUCUAAAUGGUUAGAGGUUUUCAAGAUGGGAAAAAUAACAUCCUCAGAAGCCAUCUCAAGGCUUAAGAGACUUUUUGCAACAUACGGAUUACCAGAACAGAUUGUUACAGACAACCCAAUGACCUUCAUGUCAGACGAGUUUCAACUGUUCAUGAAAAGAAAUGGUAUUCUUCAUACUACAGGUGCACCCAGGCAUCCAGCUACCAAUGGCCUCGCUGAGAGGUAUGUUGCUACGUUCAAAGCAGGAAUAAAAAAAUUGGAGGGGGAAGAACUGAGUGUGGAAGAUAAGAUCUCACAUUUAUUAAUGAGAUAUCAUAUAACUCCCAAUAGUGUGACUGGAGAGUCACCUGCGUACUUGCAUUUGAAGAGACAUGUACGUUCGAGAUUGGAUUUCCUAAAGCCAAACAUCGCUAUGAGAGUGAGAAGGAGACAGUACAAACAGAAAGAAGAGCAUGACAGUCGCGCUGCUGAGAGACACUUUGAUGUGGAUGAUCGUGUGUAUCUACGUAAUACUACGGGAGAUAAACCAAAAUGGAUUCCAGGAUUAGUGACACAAUUGACAGGUCCGGUGUCAUACCGAGUGCAAGGAGAGUUGACUGAUCAAGUGUACAGACGUCAUGGAGACCAGUUACGACCUAGAUAUCCUAAGGUUGAAGGAAGGAGUAACUUCGUUAACUGA